CUGAGUACACUCCGCUGCCUCAAAGGUUCGUCACAACACCUCAAACUCUGCAGUGCUCGGCACCUAUAACACUGCGAGAUAUGGCCCAGACCCCUGAACAUCUCCCUGCAACCAUUGAAACUAUUGAAGGAGUUUAUGGUUUUGGCCAGCAAUUCACAAUUUCAGCUGGAGACAAGCUGCACGUCCAUUUUGCAAAGAGUGUACAGAUGGCAGUGCUGUGUGACCGAGGAGGGACACAGUUCCAUGUACCUCUCAGUUCUGCUAUGAAGUUUGGCCUUUGUCAACAAGAUGAGGAAUUUGAGAAAGUCUCUGACAUUGUGAAGAAGUCUCAGCACCUACCCCAUGUAAUUUGUUGCCAGCAGCAUGUUCCUCGCCGGGGAAAGCAGGAGGAGGUGAAGAAAGAUGAACUACUGAUUGUAAAGAAAUACGAUAGGGCACUCACCUGCCAAAGUCUGUGGAGUGACCGGGAAAUUAUGCUGCACAAGAACUGCAAGGGCUCCUUCUCUUCCACUCCAGAGAAAACGAGCAUGUAUCUUCUUGAUAUCCGGCAGCACCUUCCCCAUGUUAUCCCUCGCAAAGUCUAUCUCUACCCCCCAGUCCCUCGGAAGAAGCACGAUCUGUUCACCAGAGGAAAGGUCUUCACUCUGAAAGAGUUCACCACAGUCACAUCUCUGGUUGUAAGCAAUAUUGACGACGAGGAGCUGUUUGACAUCAUUCUCGACGAGACCCUGUCUACGCUCCGAGUGACUGUGUUGGGCAAAGCUCCCGCAAUGAGCCUCUCAAGAAAAUUCUCCAUCAUGCCCGGCCAGUACACCAAGCUCAUGAAGAGAGACGUGUCGAGUGGAUUCCAAGAGGCACUCUACACCACUCUCCGUCGAGGGUUUGAAAGUGAGGGAGUCCAGCUUGCAGCCGGGGGUAGUGGGAGCUCAGAUGUCAGUGGAGGUCGCGGUGACUAUGAGUAUGUUGACGUGGUGCCUGCUCGACACUACUACAGUGCUGGAGAGUUCAGUCAUGUACCGCCGCAAUCCCCUGCAGAACAGAACAGAGACUACCUCAAGUCUCUUAGUAUGCAUGAGAUAUCUCUGCUGCUGAAGGCAAUGAAUUUGGAGAAGUACCAAGCCACUUUCUCCAAAGAACAAGUAUCAGGGAGUCUUCUGGCAGAGUUCAAUGACCACAAUCUCCAGCGUUACCUUCACAUCCAUAACCCUUGUCACAGACAGAAGCUGCUGCAAGUCAUCUCAGGAGAAACAGCAGCUGAAAAACUCCUCUUUUCAUGUUGAUGUAGAUGUUCCUUAUUAUCUUAGUGUGGGUGUG